AGCUGCAUGCACGAGUUCAGAGAAGUAAGCUUGCAACAGUUGUUAUAUGCUUAACAGCUUAAGUAGACAACACACACACACACACACACACACUACCAGAACAAAUAAACAAGAAACAAAAGAAACGGUAUACACAACAGGGAUGGGAUGAACAGAUGCAAAAGUAGAACAAAAAUAUAACUUUAAGCUAUAAAUUCAGGUUUGAUUAGUUCCCCUUGAACAUGCAAACAGGUGCAUCAUGUGCAGAGCAGAGGCACACAAGCUCUUCUCCAGGAAACCCAUAUUUGAUGCACUUGGGGUUCAACUAUUUGUUGUUGUUCAUGAGCACAUAGAGUCAGAGAUCAAAGAUUUUUGGCCUCGGUACUGGGGUGGUGGUGUACUUCUUGAUCGGGGUAGGGAUUUCUUCAAAGCUCUUGGAGGGUGAAAACUACUCAAGGAAAAAAUUUUCUCAGGAUUUUUGUUGAACCCUCGAGCAAUUUGCAAUUACAAGCGUGCAAAGGCUACAGGAUUUCAAAAAAACUUUAGAGGGGAAGGAGAAAUAAAGGGUGGACUCUUCAUAGUAGGGAGUGGAAGGACUGGCAUUGCUUACCAAUUUAUUGAGAUGAACUUUGGUGAUUGGGCCCCUAUAGCCGAAGUAAUCGAAAUUUGUACCCAGCUGCAGAAACAACAGCAAGAGCUAAGUGUACGUGAGGAGCCUUAAAAGGAAACAGUGACUGGAUAUACUGCAUGAGUAUUCACUAUAAUUCUGUUCCUUGAAUAUAACUCCAUCUCCAUUACAAUUAUUGCACAACAUAGUAAUAUAGAAAUCAGCAGUUGCUCAUGCAAUCUAAAUGGAUCAACACUAAUUCCAAUGUAAAUUGAUCCAAUACUGUAUUAUUUUAGUUUUUACUAUCUGUUUUCUGUUAAAAAAGUAUAUUACAUAAA